AUGAAAUACAACACUCUUUGUUUUUACCCCCUUCCAAGCCAAACUAUGGAUGAUUCCAGAAAGCGAAAGUUGAAUGAUACAGCAGACAGUGACGAUGGUGAUCAAGCCCAUAUGAAGAAAUCUGGCGGAAAGCGAAAAAUAAUCGGACCAGCUUUACCCUCCGAGCAUGCUUCGUGGGAACAAAAGAUAAGCCAUGAUGACGAUUCUGACGACAGUGAUGAUGAUAUUGGACCGGUUUUACCUCCUGCUGGUACCGAGCACACUCGGUUUGAUAAUAAAGCUGAUGAUGCUGGUUCUGAGUCUUUGGAGGUGUCAUUUGAGGAAAAUCACCAUAUGAACAGCCGUCAGCGGGACGAAUGGAUGCUGCAGCCCCCAGAGGAAUCAGAUUGGACAUCUAGAGUUGACCCAACUAAGCUUCGAAAUCGAAAAUUUCAAACAGGGAGAUCGACCAGAGGUCCACCCGUAGCAAAUCGCGUGGAUUCGUCUUGGACAGAGAAUCCGGAACAAAAGAUGGAGCGCAUAAGAGAUGAAAUAAUGGGCGUCAAGGCUUCUUUGCCAGUGAAGGAUGGAAGCAGCCACACAGAGCCAUCCCGAAUUUCUGAUACAACCCAUGAGAGGAUACAGAAAUACAAUGAGGCAACAAGGAAGGACGUGGCACAGCAAUCAGGACUCAGAUCGAGCGACAAUGGGGAUGACCCAGGCAUGCGCCCCUUCGAUAGGGAGAAAGAUAUGGCUACUUCCUCGAGCAUUUCUAAUGCUCAACGCAGAGAGUUGCUCAAUAAAGCUGCGGAUUUCGGGUCUCGUUUUACUGGAGGGAGAUUACUUUGA